AUGUCGGAACUUGUAGAAGAACAUACUGUUCUCGCCCGUCGCCUUUUAACUCGGUUGAUAUACAGCAUUAUUCUUAUCCAAAUCCUCCUAUUCGUUUUUGACCGGUUUCCUUUCUCUCUAUCUCUUCUCGGCAUCGGCUCGCACAUCGUCUAUGCAAGCAAUUUAAGACGGUUCCCCAUUGUCAAGCUAUCAGAUCCCUUUUUUAUUCUGUCAUGUGUUCUUGUUGGUCUAAACCAUUGGCUCUGGUUCCGUCAUUUCUCGAAACCUCUGCCUGCGUCGCGAGCUGCAUCCAACUGGCGACAACCAUACCAAAUAAAUGCGGAGGACAUGCCGACUUUCACUGAAGUUGCAUCUUAUUUUGGACUUUGUGUCUGGCUAGUCCCUUUUGCGCUCUUUGUCAGUCUUAGUGCAGGUGAAAAUGUUUUGCCUAGCAUAGGGUCCGAAUAUGCCACUGGUGACCAUGUUUCAGCUCCGGGGUUUGCUCGCAAUACUUUGACUUCAGAUGGGAAAUCCAAGAACAAGGGCAUGGCCAAGGCUCUGGUGGAUAGUGUUCGAGACUGGGUCAAAGAAAACGGUGAAUUGAUGGGAUUCUGGAGAGGUGAACGCUCCAAAAGGUUCUGA